AUGGAAGUAUCGCACAUCUCUGAUGCUAAACAGGAAGAGCUGCGAAGUGCAACGAAAGAGGAUCGCACUCUACAGAUGUUAAUUAACACAAUAUUUAAGGGAUGGCCAAAAACUCAAAAGUCGUGCCCUUCAGAAAUACGAAGUUAUUUUACUUUCAGAGAUGAAAUCUCAGUAGACAAUGGAAUAGUUAUGAAAGGACAUAAAAGCAUAAUUCCUACCUCUCUCCAGUCAUCAUAUACACAAAUACUACACAAAGGACAUCCUGGAAUAGAAGCUACAAAACGCAGAGCACAGGAAAUUGUCUAUUGGAGAUCAAUGUGCGAUGACAUAAACAAGUUUGUGUCAUCCUGCCAGGUAUGUAAUGCCCUAAAGUCACAUCAAGCCAAGGAGCCCUUACUUUUACAUAACAUUCCAGAUCUACCAUGGUCGAUUGUUGCCACAGAUAUAUUUGAGUGGAACAAUAAGCAUUUCCUGGUACUCGUAGAUUCCUAUUCCGGAUGGUUUGAAGUGAAUACUUUAACUGACUUAACAUCAGCCACGGUAAUAGUGAAACUGAAGCGUCACUUUGCUACCCAUGGUACACCGCGGAUUCUCAUAAGUGACAAUGGAGGUCAGUAUUCAGGUCAACAAUUCAAACAGUUCGCAUCAGAAUGGAACUUUGUUCACAUCACGAGUAGUCCUGAACAUGCCCAAUCAAAUGGCCGUUCAGAGAAUGCGGUAAUUAAAGCAGGCAAAGAUGUUGUUAGAAAAGACACAAAGAGAUGGAUCAGAUAUCUAUCAAAAUCUUCUGAACUUACGCAAUGUGCCUAG